CUGAGCUGUGGCAGUGCCGGGAGCGAACAGGGCUCGCGCCACCUGUCCGAGUGCCACCUGGUCUCUGCUGGGGCUGAAGGAACACUUGGAGUGACUGUGGGCUGACGGAGGCUAUAGGAACAUUUGGAAAGGAGUGGGGAAAGCGUUGGGCCACCAUGCCGCGCUCUUUUCUCGUAAAGAGCAAGAAGGCUCACAGCUACCACCAACCUCGCUCCCCGGGACCAGACUACUCCCCCCGUUUGGAGAAUGUACCAGCUCCAGGCCGAACAGACAGCAUUUCGAGUUCAGGAGAGGGGAAGGCGGAGCCCGGGGACCGUUUGUCCCCUGAGUCUCAACUGAUCGAGGCCCAGGACAGAGCCUCUGCGUCUCCGGGCAGCUGUGAGGGCAGCGUCUGCGACCGGAGCUCGGAGUUUGAGGAUUUUUGGAGGCCUCCUUCACCCUCCGUGUCUCCAGCGUCAGAGAAAUCCAUGUGUCAGUCGCUGGACGAAGCCCAACCCUUCCCUCUGCCUUUCAAGCCGUACUCAUGGAGUGGCCUGACGGGUUCUGACCUACGGCACCUGGUGCAGAGCUACCGGCCUUGUACAGCUCUGGAACGCGGCCCCGGCCUCGGUCUCUUCUGCGAGCGCACACCGGAGCCUGGCCACCCGGCCGCGCUCUACGGCCCAGAGAGGGCUGCAGGCGGCGCGGGGGCUGGAGCCCCAGGAAGUUGCAGCACAGGAGGUGGCGCUGGCGGUGGCGUGGGCCUGGGGCUCUAUGGCGACUUUGGAUCUGCUGCGGCAGGGCUGUAUGAGCGGUCGACGGCAGCGGCUGGCCGGCUGUACCCGGAUCGCGGCCACGAGCUACACGCGGAAAAGGGUGCUGGUGUCAAGGUGGAAUCUGAGUUGCUGUGCACCCGCCUUCUGCUGGGCGGCGGCUCCUACAAGUGUAUCAAGUGCAGCAAGGUGUUCUCCACGCCGCACGGGCUCGAGGUCCACGUGCGCAGGUCCCACAGCGGCACCAGACCCUUUGCCUGCGAGAUGUGCGGCAAGACCUUCGGGCACGCGGUGAGCCUGGAGCAGCACAAAGCCGUACACUCGCAGGAGCGCAGCUUUGACUGUAAGAUCUGUGGCAAGAGCUUCAAGAGAUCAUCUACACUGUCCACACACCUGCUUAUUCACUCAGACACUCGGCCUUACCCCUGUCAGUACUGUGGCAAGAGGUUCCACCAGAAGUCAGAUAUGAAGAAACACACCUUCAUCCACACUGGUGAGAAGCCCCACAAGUGCCAGGUGUGUGGCAAGGCAUUCAGCCAGAGCUCCAACCUCAUCACCCACAGCCGCAAACACACAGGCUUCAAACCCUUUGGUUGUGACCUGUGUGGGAAGGGCUUCCAGAGGAAGGUGGAUCUCCGGAGGCACCGAGAGACACAGCAUGGGCUCAAAUGAGCACCCUCACUGGCUGCAAGCAGCAGCUACACGACACGACACUACGGAGGAUGGCUUCCCUGCUUGCCUCUAGCCUCUCUAAUUUCUCAGGCUCCCCAGUCCAGUCUGCAGAUCCCACCAAGGUGAAUCCCCUUCACCUUACUUUCUGUAGCUGCCAGAGGGAACAAGUUACCUUUUUAAAGUUCUUUGCCGAGUGGGAACCACAGCAACUCGCUGGACUUUAGGCUACUCUACACCUGAAGAUGUGAAGUCAAGUGGGGAUCAGAUAAAAUCUUGGACUCCACAGUUCUUCUCAUUUCUACCCUGUUCCACAGACAAGAAAUUUCUUCAGGUGUUGUCUCUCUUCCUGAAUUCCCCUAGAUACUUAUGUGGAAGAGAAGGAGCCCCCAUUUACAAGUGGACACAUGCUAUAGCUUUAGCUAGAAAGAGGAGUGAGUGUUUUGUUGUUGUUGUUUUGUUUCCUUCUGGAAAGUUUGUUGACCCCUUUUUGUUGGGUGCUGCCUGUAAAUCUCAGAGGAAUCAUUUCUCCUUCUUGAAGAGUGGUUCAGAAACUGAUUUGGGGAAGGAUCUUAAUUCUUUUGAAAUCACCAGAUGCACCAUCAAGCCUGCCCCAGGAAGAAACAGAAAAAUACACUUGGUGAUGAGAGGAGGAUCAGAGGUCCUUUCUGCAGGAGGCCUGUGAAGACCUCAUCAGAGGUUAAAAACAUGAAGCAGUGAACAAGAUGUCAUUUAUUCAUUCAGCAAAUAUUUAUUAACCUUUGGUUACCAAGGUACCAGUUACUAUGCUAGGUACUAAAGAGCCAGAGAUUAAAAUCAUAGCUCCUGCCUCUGCCCCGCAAAAGCUAACAUUUGUACCUCCAGGUGGCUGGGGUCUGUGCUUUUUUCCCUUCCAAGGGAAUGCUGAGACGAGAACACAGAAUCUUGAACCUUCCUUUUUGAUCCUUUUGGAUUUUUAUCAAGUAUAAAAAGUAGCUGAAGAGUUAUUUCAAAGAUUCAUGGGUAUACUCAGUUUUUAUUGUUAAGCUGAUAUUUUUAAGAUGUCUGAGCUUGUAGGCACAUAGGGUGGAAGGCCCUCUGUCUUCAGCUCUUUGGCCUUCCACGUGUACCAUAUGGGGGGAAAGGCGAUAUUUUUACUUUGAUGAAGUUUGUAAAUGAUUUUAGAUCUUUGGGAGUGCAUUAUGUUUGUUAUUACAUAUUUAUUAGAGUGAUGUAUUAAGUUAAUAAAAGAUUAAGACUAUUA